GGUGACACUGGAAAAAAUUUGGAAAUUAGCAACGUUUAUCAGUUAAUUUACUCAGCUGCUGUGCGGAUUAAUUGGUCGGUGGUUGAAUGCACAGCGAGGUUUGUUGAAGAGUGCAGCGAAGCCGCAUACACGCCGUCGGUUCGGCCAGGAGAGCUGCUUUUCUUCCAGCCCAAGUUACAACCAGACACCUUGUUUUCCUGCCACUCGUGGACAAUAGAUAAUUCAACAUUUACGUGGUUUUAGCGUUUGAAUUAGCGUUUAUUGUUGUGUAAUUAGCUAGCGUGUUUGGUGUGCUGCCUCAGCCUGAGCAACAAUAGUAUUUUUAUGCAUUCAGUUAGGCAGCCCAUUUAGCCAACUGACGACAGGUGCUUUGAGUCAAUGGGCUCCUGAUGAAGCUGUGUAGGUAAUACUUUGAGAGCCUUGUAAGACGCCAUGUCUGAAGAGGCGAUUUCAGAAAGUGACCUGGAGCCCAGCCUUAACAGUGAAGAGGAGUUUUUGGAAAAUGAGGAAGAGGAGGACAAUGAGGACACGGAGGAAGAUGAGGAUGAAAAUGAUGGUGACGAUGAAGACGAUAGUGUUGAACGACCUGAAAGUGCCCAGAGCAGGACAGAAGCAGCUCAAGAUGGCAGGGACUCCAGUUCAGCUACCUCCGGAGAGCCAUCCUCAGAGCCUCCGUCUCAGCCUGCGUCCCGCCCCUCAUCCAGGGAUCCCUCCCGACCUGCCUCUCGCUCUCAGCCUCCGGCCAGCCCAGAAAACCCAAGCCGGAGUAAGCCACCUUCCAGCAAAACAAAGAAACAUAAAGCCUCCAAAUUAACCAAAUCUUCUAAGUCUUCAAAAGGCUCCAAACCUUCCAAGCCAUCGAAGCCUGCACACAUGAGGAAGAAUAUCAGGAAGCUGCUGAAAGAGGAUCAGCUGGAGGCUGGGACCAAGGCUGCUCAACAGGAGGAGAUGGACAGGCGGAAGCGUCUGGAGCAGCAGAGGAAGGAUUUCCCCUUACCAGCCUCAACUCUCCCAGAACCUCAGCUAGUCGACACUGCUGCAAUUUUAGGAGAAGUGUCUCACCUGGUCCCCGCUCUCCUUAGCAAGCAGGAUGUGAUCUGUCUGGACAGCAGUGGUGAUGAAGAUGAAAAAGUGGCCCCCAUGUUGCCUGCACUUGCCAUCAGAGAUGAUAUAAUUGAGCUUAGUUCUGGAGAUGAGGACGCCUUGCAGAUAAGCAGCGAGUCGGCCGACGAGGACGCCGAUGGCACCGCCGCCUCAGAGGAGAGCAGCGGUGCACACAUCAACGACGCUAUGAAUCUGCCAGAUGCCCAGGGUCAAGUGCUGGUUAAUAUCAGCCACCCUGCAGAGGAGAAAGACAUUUUCCUCGCUCCACAGCUGGCCAAGGCUGUCAAACCUCACCAGAUCGGGGGAAUCCGGUUUCUCUAUGAUAACCUCAUCGAGUCUCUGGAGCGCUACAAGACCAGCAGCGGCUUUGGCUGCAUCCUCGCUCACAGUAUGGGGCUGGGAAAGACGCUGCAGGUCAUUUCCUUCACUGACAUCCUUCUGCAGAAUACUGAGGCUCACACUGUGCUGGCCAUUGUUCCUGUGAACACACUUCAGAACUGGCUGACAGAGUUUAACCUCUGGCUCCCGCCACAAGAAGCCCUUCCCCCAGACGCUGACCCUGAACUCAUCAGAGGCCGCGCAUUCAAAGUUCACGUUCUCAACGACGAGCACAAAACGACACUGGCCAGGGCCAAAGUUGUGGAGGACUGGUCCAGAGAUGGAGGCGUGUUGCUGAUGGGCUAUGAGAUGUACCGCCUGCUGUCCAUGAAGAAGAGCUUUGUGAUGGGUAAGAAGAGGAAAUCAAAGAAGCCUGCAGGACCAAUAAUCAUUGACCUUGAUGAAGAAGACAGACAGCAGGAACUCAUGAAAGGUAUUGAAAGGGCCAUAGCGCGGCCUGGCCCAGACGUGGUGAUUUGUGACGAGGGUCAUCGCAUUAAAAACUAUCAUGCCAGCACAUCACAGGCCCUGAAGAACAUUCGCUCCCGGCGCAGAGUCGUCCUGACCGGUUACCCUUUACAGAACAACCUCAUUGAAUACUGGUGCAUGGUGGACUUUGUAAGGCCCGACUUUCUGGGCACGCGUCAGGAGUUCAGCAACAUGUUUGAGCGGCCCAUUCUGAACGGGCAGUGUGUGGACAGCACGCCUCAGGACGUCCGCUUGAUGCGCUACCGCAGCCACGUGCUGCACAGCCUGCUGGAGGGGUUUGUCCAGAGACGAGGCCACGAUGUGCUGCGAGACCAGCUUCCCUCCAAAGAUGAGCAUGUGAUCUUGGUGCGUCUCUCUCACAUUCAGAGAGCGCUGUAUACCGAAUUCAUGAAACGCUUUCGAGAAGCAGGAAACAGCGGCUGGCUCGGUCUAAAUCCACUUAAAGCCUUCUGUGUAUGCUGCAAGAUCUGGAAUCACCCAGACGUCCUCUAUGAAGCCUUGCAGAAGGAGAAUCAGGCCAACGAGCAGGACCUGGACCUCGAUGACAUCACUUCAGCUGCUAACCCCCGCUGCACUGCACCGGGGGCCGGCCUGAAGGCCAAAGUAGCCGACUCAAGCAACAGCAAAGUCAACAACAACUUGCCAGCACUCAAUCCUUCUCAGGAAAGAGCCAAUCAAGUCAUCACUUAUGAAUGGGCAAAGGGCAUACUGUCAAACUACCACACAGGAGUUCUGGAGAACUCUGCCAAGAUGAUUCUGCUCUUUCAUCUGAUUGAUGAGAGUGUAGGAAGGAGGGACAAGAUUUUGGUCUUUAGUCAAAGUUUGUCCACCCUGACGGUCAUCGAGGACUUCUUAUCAAAGAGACCAAUGCCUGUCAGCGUGGCCUCCUCUGACAGCCCGAGCCAAAACUGGGUUCGCAACCUCAAUUACUACAGACUGGAUGGGAGCACAUCUGCCUCAGAAAGAGAGCGACUUAUAAAUCAGUUUAAUGACCCAGAAAACACCUCAACAUGGGUCUUCCUGCUUUCUACAAGAGCGGGCUGCUUGGGGGUAAAUCUGAUCGGGGCCAACCGCGUCGUUGUGUUUGAUGCCUCCUGGAACCCGUGUCACGAUGCUCAGGCGGUGUGUCGGGUGUACCGCUACGGUCAGAGGAAACCCUGCUAUAUUUACCGCCUGGUCUGUGAUUUCACCUUGGAGAAAAAGAUCUACGACAGACAAGUCUCCAAGCAGGGCAUGUCCGACCGUGUGGUUGAUGACCUGAACCCAGUGCUGAACUUCACACGUAAGGAAGUGGAGUCGCUGCUGCAUUUUGUGGAAGAGGAACCUGAUAAGAUCUCUCUUGAGUCCCGGGAGGAUUUUGAACCAGUGCUGAGUCGAGCUUGUCUGCUUUACCCACACCUCAUCACAAAGCAACCUUUUCAUCACGAGUCUCUGCUGGUGGACCGGAAGGAGUCGAAACUGACCAAAGCAGAGAAGAGAGCCGCCAAGAAGAGCUAUGAGGAUGAGAAACGAGCCUCGGUGCCCUACUCUCGCCCAUCUUACGCCCCCUAUUACCCAACAAGUGAUCAGGCGCUCUCAAACAUACCAGCAUUCAACCAACGAGGCUGGCGUCCCAUGGCUCGGCCGGAUGACAAGCCUGUGGCAAGUGUCAGGCCCAUCCAGUCGACCCCAAUCCCCAUGAUGCCUCGCCAGGUCGGCAUGGGCAUGGCUGGCUCCAGCUCGGCCGGCAGCCUGCCUGUCAACUUCCUGCAGAAAGCUGGAGUUUACGUGCAGCGGAUCGUCACCACCACUGAUAUCGUAAUUCCAGGAGCCAACAGCACAACAGAUGUUCAAGCUCGAAUCAGUGCAGGAGAGAGCAUCCAUGUUAUCAGAGGAUCAAAAGGUACCUACAUAAGGACAAACGAUGGAAGGAUUUUUGCUAUUCGAUCUGGAAAGAUCAGUAGGCCAGCAAUGGGCGGCUCUGCUGCUUCAAGAGACGCCCAGGGUCCACUGAUCCACCCACUCAGUAACGGCUGUUCAUCGCCUGCAGAUCAACAGCAGGGCUCCCCCAACGGGGAGCAGCGGCCUUCCUCUCCUUUAAGCUCUGAGAUUCUCAGAGAGCUCAGCCGCUACACUUCAUCCACGGGAGACGCCGCCGUCGGCACGGGAAACGAAUUGGUGUCGCCUUCGGAAAUGUUGGCCGUAACAGCGGGGGAUGAAGGCAGUUCGCAAAACAAUCAGCCUGGCGAUCUAAGCAGGCAACUCGGCGACGACCUCUUGAGCUCCGCUUUAGAGAUGCGUGGCAGCAAGCGCAGGAGUACUGAAAGCCAGGGCAACACACAGAUCGGAGGCAAACGCACUUCUGCUGCAACACGUUUCCCCGGACUGGGCUCCAGCGGGCUCAGUUUCCCCCCCGUGGGUCUGAACUCCUCCUCCCUCCUGGGGAACCUCAGUCACAUGAGUCAUCCACUUCUGAUGGAUGGAAGUGGCGGCUCAUCAUUCCUUCAGACACCAGGACAAACACUGGCUGAUCUACAGACCAUGUUCCCCUCUGCAGGCUCGGACCUACUGAGGCAGUCUGCCACAGGAAACGGACAUCUCCCCACCCCCUGCUCGUCCUCUCUGCCCACCGUUUUCUCCUCCGCAUCCACCACCAUCCCUAUGUCAUCCACACCCUCUGCAGCAACUUCUUCCUCCCUGGCGUCAGGUUCUCUGCCGCCGUACUUGAUGAACCCCAACAUGGCUGGCCUGCUUUCGUCAGGCUUCCCUCUCAACUACAGUCAGUCGCUGCUCCCCGAGCCGAGGAUGUUCCCCGCCCCUCUCCUCUCCUCGUCAGGGGGAUUCUCCUCACCUAACUCCAGCUCUACUGCAUCCAGUUUCCUCUCCCAUUUCAACAAUCCCACUUCCAGCCUGUUGGGGGCAGCUCUGACCCAGCCGGACAUGCACCAGAGAGGAGAGGAGAACGGCGGCAGUAGUUCUGACGACGACGUUAUAGAGGUGACAGGACAGUAGAGACUCAAGAAGUCCGGGAGAGGCAGUUUUACACACACGAUUUAUCAAUCGCGGCUAACAAAGAACAUUAGGGAUGGGAAUGAUUACAAAUUUAUUAAAUGGACUAAAUUUAAUGUUGGAGUUUCACUUAAAAACUGAUGAUGAUGGUUCUGAAUAAGACUGGUCAUCUAAAUUAAAAAAAAAAAAAAAAUACAACUUUAUAGGAAUCAAAUUUACACCUGAACACAUAUUUUGAAGUUGGAGAAGAUUAUAAGUUAAAUGUGUUUUGGCCUUGCUGUUAGACUGGCCAUUCACAGAAUUAGCAGUGAAAUGAACUGCAUUCUCAUUUCUAAUGAUCUAAUUAAACUAAACACACACACACACAGACUCUCACCUGUAAAUGAGAGCAUCAACUUGUACCUUAAUGACUACACAAAGUCAGAGUAACAAAUCCAUAUGCUGAAUAUCCUAGAUUUGUUCAGCUGGAGCAUCAGAGCAGUGGGAACAGACCUUUGUCGUUCGGGGACCAGCUGAAACUUUCUGGGGGCUUUCUGAGCACAGCCUCUCCUGCUACACUGCAAAGCAAAGCUUCAGCGUGCUGUUAGUUUUAUUUCUUCUGAAUUUGGACGGGAUAAUGUGAGGAAAACUGCUUCACGUUGGAUUGUCUCGUGAUAUAUUGCUGUGAAACAGUGUAGUUCAAACCAAAAUUUGACCCAAUGUUACAAGUGUGUCGGCCAUACUCACCUGCUGAACACUAAUACCCUAAUUUCCUUUCCUUUUCUAGUAAACUGUACUGGAAAGCUACAUAUAAAUAACUCACAGUGGCCACAGAAGGCGGUGUUGAUAUUUGUCAAAAUCCACUUGACAAUAUAUUUAGAGAAAAUCCUCCGAGGCUUACCUUUAACAACAGGAAUCUUAGGCUUUCAGAGCAUAUUUUAGUCUUUAGCGGUUUGAUAGACAUUGUAGCAUCCCCUGUUGAAAGGAUAUUAUGUGUGAUACUAUAACUGAACAUGUUGAUACUUUGUAAAUAGCAGUCAUUAUCAUUGUUUAUAUUGCAAGUCAAUACUGUGCAGUGUGUAGAUUUUGGUUGUAGGGAGAUGGUUUAUUAUUACAGUGACUCAUGAUGAAAAACUUGCAUUGAUACCGGGGAAACAAAUUUCCGUUCACUUUCUAAGUUCCCUUGUUUUUCCCCCCUUAAAACUAAAAUGAAUGUACUUUCAUGUUAGCCUUUGAUAACACAGGGGGCUGGUACAGGGUUUCAGGCUUUCAUUUUUAGCCUUAAAUAACACAAAGGGGUCUUGAGUCUUAGCAUUUAUCUUAGUACAUCCUUUUUACAAAUCUGUUUGAAGAACUACUGAGCAUUCAGACAGUCGGUGUCAAACUGAAAACACAAGUGUCGGGCAGAUUCAGCGUUGUGAUCAAAAGUACCAAGUGUAAAAGCCAAAAGGUUUAAAGGGAUAGUUGAGAUGUUUUUGAGGUUGGGUUGUUUGAGGUAUUUCAGUGUAUUAACAACAGUAGGUUGCUGCCGGCACGCCACAGUUUAGAGAAGCAGAAAAGGAGAACAGGCCUGGAAGCUAAGCAAUGUACUGCUGUGGACGAGGGCAGCAGCAACAACACAUAUUUUACCACCUAAAAUAAUCAGUUUCAGUUUAAGUGUAUGCUAUAUUUAGAAUAAUUUCACAGCUUUACCUUGUUGCAGACAGCCUUAAGUUUAAUAUGGAGGAACUGUAGCUGUUAUAUGUGCUCUCUUAAAGUUAGUUUGUGAUUUUGUGUAACUUUAGUGUUGUGCUGGGUUACUUUGGGUUUACCAAAGUCACACAAUAACAAAAACAAACUAACUGAUCAAGGCAGCAGUAGACCAGCAGCUUCCGUGUUCUGCAAGGUAAAAUGACUGUUGGUUACUUUGAAGAUAACAACGAUAAAAAAAGAGAUAAGUGUCCGUUGCCCUCAGGUAACCUUAAAGAGGGCUGUCUGACGGCAAACUAAAGUGGGGAAAAUAUUCUAAAUAUAAAUAUCUAUGCUCUCCUCGAAGCCACCAGACUGCAUUGACAAAAACAGUAAGUUUACCUUGCAGAACCCAGGAGCUACUGGUCUACUUCUGCCUUAAACAGUUAGUUUGUUUGUGAUUUCUGUGUGACUUUGGUGUUUUACAGGGUUACUUUGAAGACAACAAAGAGAAAGAAAGAAAUACAUUUCUGUUCCCCUCACGUAAAAACUUAAACAAGGCUAUCUGACGGCAACAACAUUUUUUUUAGUUGGAUAAACACAUUUUGCUGUUGCCCCCAUCCACAGCAGUACAUCACUUUGCUUCGGUGCCAGUACUCCUGCCUGCUUCUCUAAACUGGAUUCACGCCGACCACAUGUACUGUAGGUAACACAGUGACUAUUUAUAAGUACAUCAUACAACACCACUUGAAAAAAUCUAAACUGUCCCUUUAAUGUUGCUGGCUCAUUCACCUCUCUUUGUUGCAGUUUAUACUGAAGUGUCCCCACUAUGAGUCAGCCUACAUGUAGUUUUGACUAUCCUAAUUUUCCUAUAUAUUUUCCAAACCUUGCUGAGAACAAAUAUUACCUAAACUGUAGACAACAUUGCAUUCAUGCAGCUUAAGUGUAUGAAACCUUUUGUAGCCAUCAACCAUCAAAACGGAUAUCGAACAUUUCACAGACAGUCGCCUGUAGUCACCUGGCCUUACCAAACUGACAGAGCCAUCUCGUGUGGUAGGUUGUUUUUUUUUUACAGAGGUGCGUCUUUAAAAGCAGUGCAGUAUAACUAGCUUCCGUCAGUAGUGUCAGUCAGUGUAGGUCUGCGUUGCUCUAGGGAGUUUAGGUUUUCGCUGUUCUCUGUAGCCUUGUGUUUCUGUGUUGUGAUGACACCUCAAGGUAGAUUUAGGAAACUCCCUCUCCGUCAGUAAAAUAGGCUAGACGCAGUGGCUGACCUUUAGAAAACACUGGAUAACCCGAUACCACAGUGUCAAGUUAAAUUUUCUUUAUAGAGAUGUUUUCUUGCAGAGACCUUUCGCUCCCACAGUCUGUACACUUUUUAUUACUGCUGGCUCCUUCCCUGCUGCUGUUCUGGACGAUUCACUUCUAUCAUCACUGAUGUCUCCAGAUUUCUUCAGCACGUUUUGGGAACUUGUGACAUUUUGUCUCGAAGGUGGAGCUGGCACUUUGACAAAGGCUCAUCCGCUUGUGAACUGUACAUCGUACUGACGCCAUGUCUUUAUUCUCAAUUAUUCUUCUUGCAUUUGAAUCUUGGGAAUCAUCAGUUUGUAAAACAAAACCUGUCUGCCAUUUCUUAAGUCUCACUUAUGUGCAUUUUUACGUUUCAUGGAACUAUUUCAUUUUUUAAAAACAAAUGUUUUUUAUAACUUCUUAUUGGUGUUUACCCACCUGGCAGUUGUUUCCCUUAUUUCAAUGUAAGCGUCUGAAAUUUAUUUAUUUAUGAUGGAGGAUACAUUCUUUUUUUUGUAAUUACGUUUUUUAACCUUUUGUUCACUUUGACCCAUUGACGGCUGAUCCAGUAAGAAUUUCAUACAUGCAGCCUAGAUCGAAACAGAAUAUGACUGUGUUAUCAAUGUUAUUUUAACAAUAAAACACUCUUCUCUUGCA